UCCGCUCGGUUGCUAGGAUACGAAAAGGUGGGGAAACGCCGCCCGCAACAUACACGAAGGGCAUUUCGGGGCGCCCCGGGCACGUUCUAAAUAGCCUCCCACCCAGAUAGCGGCAGAUGGCAGGAGCCGUGCGGGUCCCAAAGGAACCAUUGGACCCAGUAAGCCAGAACAAGAUCUUCUGCGAGACGGUCCGGAAGGAGCUACGAUGCCAGCGCCUGCAGACGGAAUACGCGAUGAACCCCCUGAUGACGGUUUACACCAUAACUCGAAAGCCUACUUCUUGGCAUGAUAACUUAGAGGAACCUGCAGAUGCUAAGUUCCUGAAACUAAUUCAUCAUGCUGCACUUGAACCAAACAAGAAAUACACAGAACCACAAACAGAAAGCCAAGAAAUCGGCUGGUUUUCCACACCUUUGAUCAGUGUAAACCGGAAUGACAACAGGCUAUACUUCCCAAGUCGGAGCACUGAAAUCACCAGAUAUAUGGCUGCUAUGUGGCGCCUGAAGGGGAUGACAAAAGAUAAGCGAUAAAGGAACACAGCAUUGCAGGACUUUAAGGGAAGGACUGUAGACAUAAAUUUAGGCUUCCAGACUUCCAUGGUCUCCAUCUUUUAAUUAUUGCAAAGCAUAAGACAGAGGCCUGACACAGGGUGCAAGGCAGUGGGUAUAGGAAAGUCCUGUGUUAUGUGAACAUUUAGUAUUACAAUAAACCUGACCUGAAACUG